UCGCUAUUCAGUUAGUUACAAUACCAAGCGCUCUCUCUCUCUCUCUCUCUCUCUCUCUCUCUCUCACUGUUACAGCAGCUUUGGUCCCAUUUAGCAUUUCCCGAGCAAAAGGUAUUGUACACCACAAAGCAUCUUUUCGUGGGGAGUGUUUCCGAAACGCUGAAAUUAGCGUAUUAUCUUCGUCUUCAUUCUCGAAGUUCAUGAUAUGAGGUCCUUCAUGUCCCGUCGGGUGGUCCAGGACGGUUCCGUGGAGGUGGUCAUCGCCGAUGGCCUGAAGCAGAGUUUCUGGGCCAACAUGCCGCAGGAGCUUCUCAGAGAGGUGCUGGCCAGAAUCGAAGCAUCCGAGAGCUCUUGGCCUGCCCGUCGGAGUGUGGUGGCUUGUGCCGGAGUGUGCCGCACUUGGAGGCUCAUCACGAAGGCCAUCGUCAACUCACCUGACGUUUCCUCUAAGAUCACCUUUCCCAUCUCUGUUAAGCAGCAUGGCCCGAGGGAAAAUCUCCUCCAAUGCUUCAUAAAGCAUAACAGGUCAACCCAAACAUAUUAUUUGUUUCUCAGUUUAACAAAUGCAUUAUGUGAUGAGGGAAAGUUUCUUCUGGCAGCGCGCAAGUGCAGACGUCCUACUUGCACAGAUUAUAUAAUCUCUCAAGAUGCUGAUGAUAUGUCAAAGGAAAGCAACGCCGCCUAUGUUGGGAAACUGAGAUCAAAUUUUCUGGGAACAAAGUUCACAAUUUAUGAUGGCCAGCCACCUCACAAAGAGGCAAAGACUACAAAAAGCCGUUCCGUUAGACUGGGGAAUCUGUUUGGCAGGGCUUCUACUGGUAACUAUCCAGUGGCACACGUCUUAUAUGAAUUAAAUGUGCUAGGUUCCAGGGGUCCAAGGAAAAUGAAAUGUAUCAUGGACACCAUUCCUGCCCCUGCAAUUCAACCCGGAGGGGUGAGACAACCGAUGCAGACUGAGUUGUCUCCGAGCUAUGUAAAAAAAGUCCCAUUAUUCCCAUUUUUAAGGUCAAAAUCAAAUCGAAUUGAAAACUCUAAAUCUGGGCCUCUGGCCAGUGAUAGGAUGCUCGUGCUAAAAAGUAAGCCUCCAAGAUGGCACGAGCAGCUCCAAUGUUGGUGCUUGAACUUCAAUGGACGAGUGACAGUUGCUUCAGUUAAGAACUUUCAGCUGGUGGCUUCCCCAGAGAAUGGACCUAUUUCUGAAGCAGAACAUGAGAAGAUAAUCCUGCAAUUUGGAAAAGUAGGGAAGGAUUUGUUCACAAUGGACUAUCAAUACCCCAUCUCUGCAUUUCAGGCUUUUGCAAUUUGCCUCAGCAGCUUUGAAACCAAAAUUGCUCGUGAAUGAUGCAUGUUUCAACAGUUAGUACCAUAUGCUGUUAUAAGCGAUGUCUGGGAAGUGUUUUAGGACUGAAUUAGAUUUAUUUAUUUAUUUAUUUUUAGAAUUUAUAGCAGAGAUGAUGUGUCUGCGUUAAGAGUCUAAUUUUUCUGGUAGUGUUGCUUCCUUGUACAGUUUUGCAGAUUGCCAGUUGAUUACUGUUUCUUCUUGUUCAUGCAUCUGUGGCUGCAUAGUUUUGGUAGGAAGUAAUUUGAAACUUUUCUUAGCUUCCUCAUAUGUAUCCUAUUCACUUUAGUACAUAGAACAACGAGCUUUUAUAGUUACAACAUUGCUUUUCUUA